GUGAUUUCUUAAUUCGCUAUCACAUGAUACACAUCAUGGCGGACGAGAGAAUCAGUUUCGGUUUGUUCUCUUCUUCAUCGAUACUUUUCCUUUGCUGUAUAAUUUCGUCCACAUUUGCAGCAUGGCCACUUCCUUAUAGGAGAUAUGAUCACCGCCCCAUAUCCAGCCCUUUCUGUCAGGCUGGUGUCAUUCCAUUCUGUCCAAGUGGAGAGCCCGACAACUCCAUGCCAUUGUUCAAUCCCACAGAUCCAGUAGAAAUUUAUGCUCUUAAGAAACCUGUCUGGCAGUUCAAGUUUGGAGAUUUAUUGGGAAAAUUUCAUAUAAUUCAUGAUGCUCUUGGUAUCAAGAAUGUGAAGACUGGACAUAAUUACACCAUGGAGUGGUAUGAACUCUUCCAGCUGUUUAACUGUACAUUUCCUCAUCUCCUAAAGAACGACACUCUCCAGUGGUGCAACCAGGGAGCUACCUGUAUCUACGACGGGAUUGAGGAUAAACUGUGGCACCAGAACGGCACACUAGCUAAGGUCGCCACGAUGACAGGAGACCAGUUUAACACAUUUGCUGACUGGGUGUUAAAGGACAACCGAACUGGUCUCUUCUACGAAACCUGGACAGUGGAGAGUGAACCUGGAGGCCAAAUGUGGUUUGACGCUUUUGACUGUGCAAGUUGGGUCCUUCGUGCAUUUGACCAGCUUGGUGUAAUUGGAGCAAAGUUUGAUCACAGCGUUAGCCUGAACUACACACGUAUACAUCUGUAUUCCAGUCAGCCAAUCUAUCUUGGCAACGAAACCGAGAUUUUUGGAAACAAAAGCAAUGCAGCAUUAGCAAAAGACAUGAUAAAUUUCUAUAAGGAUUUCCAGUCACAUGUCUCUGAUGAGAAACUGGUCCUAAACUUAUUAGAUGCUCUGCUGUAUAUUAUGAAUAGAGAUAAAUUCUAUUUAUACUACAACAGUGCCUACUGGCUGCUUCCGAUGAAGAAACCAUUUGCCAGUCUAUCGUACGACCAGGUACCUCUACCUGGAGGUGGUGGUGGUGAGGUCUACCACAAACCACACAGUGUUUGGCAGCAGGAAGACGAAUACUGGAAAGCAAAAUUCGGAAAACUUUGAACUUACAUAUUAUUUUCUAUCAAGCAAUAUCACGUUUAAAAGACCUUGGCCCAUAUUCAUGAAACUGUUUUUAUACUAUUACUCAGAAUCUGUACUCAAGCAAAAUUUCUUCUUCCGGCAAUGUAAUAAUACUUUGUCAAAGAUAUAUGGAUGAGAGUUAGAGAUAAUUAAAACCGAAUGCCGUUUUUAUUGGUUAAACUUAGAAGUUUUGACCUUGUGACAUGAUUUAAACGGGUAUAGAAAGUUAGUUUGAACAAAGAAUAUAUCUACCGGUACUCAAAAAGCAUGAGAACAGUUUCAUGAAACAGACCCUUGUUGCUUACUUUCUGUUUGUGGUCAACUGAUUUCUCCGUUUUAGUUCAUUCUACUGAUUUAUAAUGUCAAGAAGACCUGAUUGCUUGUUUUUCUUUAUUGGAAACGGUGUGAUAUGAACCGAUUGUUCUACCUAGAAUGAUGAAACAACAGGUUGACCGAUUUCUAUUGGUCUUUUUUUCAAGGGUAAUAACGGUCAUAUGUUCCACUGAAACAAAGUAACCCAUUUGGGAUGAUUUUCGAUCUUUUCAUCUUCGAUACCUCGGUAUAUAUAACAUCUGCUAAGAUAUUGAGCUCAUCAGUGUCAAAGACUCUUAACAUUGAAUACAGUGACAUCCGUUUAGUUUCAGUACACUACACUUUAGGUACCUAGUGAUGGUAAUGUAGGUUUAAUGAUGCUUCAAUAUCUUACACUAAUUUACUUUCUACAAAAUCACAUUUGUACAUCUAACAUUGUACAUCUAAAAUGGACACUCUUGAAGUAACCAUAUACUUUGGCCAGUUUGCAGAGAGUCCUGGAUUGACCCUAGUCUUAAUUAGCAGAUGUUGCAAUUUCUGGCUAGUUUAGACAAAAGUGUGGUUUAGCUAGUGUACUCAAGAAAAUAAUUCUACAGCGAGAAAAUGUUCCCAUUUUACAGCAUUGGAAUAUAUUGUAGAAGAAUCCAUAUUUUUUCCCUUUAAUCUUUUAUGAUUAAGAAUUAUAACAUCAUAUCACAAGAAUGAGUCUCGAUACUCUGUUGUAGGGUUGUUUGAGGUUCAUCUCUUUGGUGGGGUAAUUUGAUACAACAAAAUCUUUAUAAAAACAAUACACAAUUCAGACAUCGUAUUUUUAAAGAUGCACGAACAAUACACAAAUCAGCAUUUACUUACAUAAACUCAUAAAUGAUAUCAAUCAGAAUCAAAUCUGUACACCCAACCUCAUUGUAAAAUUUAAACAGAAUAUGGU